ACCUUUAGGAAACGGCACGGUCAUGUGACAAGAGGCCGAAUUGAUGAAGCUGGCUAGCUAAUCUGAUAUAGUUUGCUUGCGUUUAGGUGCUCCAGUUGUAAAAAAAUUAAUAAAAUGUUGUUAGUGUUAAGCGACGAGCAUAAGGAACAUUUAGGGUUCCUGCCAGAAGUGGACUCUGCAGUUGUUGGCGAGUUUGGACGAAUCGCCGUGGAAUUUCUGAAGAAAGGAUCAAAUCCUAAAAUUUACGAAGGGGCAGCUAGAAAGUUAAAUGUGACUGCUGAAAUCGUGCAGCAUGGAGUGGAGGGACUUAUGUACCUUCUUUCCGAAAGCUCUAAACUCAUGAUCUCUGAGGUGGAUUUCCAGGACUCUGUUCUGGUACUGGGAUUCUCGGAAGAGCUGAACAAACUGCUCCUACAGCUGUACCUAGAAAACAGGAAGGAAAUCCGCCUCAUCCUGAGCGAGCUGGCCCCAUCGAUGCCUCACUACCAUAACCUGGAGUGGAGGCUGGAUGUGCAGCUGGCCAGUAGGGCGCUGCGGCAGCAAGUGAAACCUGUGUUGAACCUGAAGCUGCAGCUGGACGACAAUGGGACCAGGCGUACCCAUCUGAUGCAGACCGACCCAGCCACUCUGCUGCACCUCAUCCAGGAGCUGGAACGGGCGCUAGCCGAAGUGAAGACAAACCACUGUCGCAGAAUCCUGCGCAACAUCAAAUAGUGCCUGCCGGGGGCCACUGGGGGCCUCGGGGCCCGGACAAAGCUACCACACCCUGUAUCAGGGGCAGGAGGGGGAGCUAUUACCUCUAACUAUUGUGGCCUGUAAAAUGUAAGGCUGUAAAUAUUUCCCAUAGUACAUUGCACAGGGCAGACUGAGUAUCAGUGCUGCUAGUGACAUCAGUUUAAUUAGUUAAAAUCAAGACCAACAGUAUGUGUCCACUUUGAAGAACUCGUACAUUAAGAUGGUUGAAAAUAGCCCUGUUUGUGUGAUCUUUUGUUUACUAUAUCAGAUCGAUUCAUUCAAAAUUCUAAGGUGGGGGGGGGCUGUAACCUGUUCCAGAUGGCAGAGGGCACAAGGCUGAGCUACGUCCAGGAUGUAUAGAUGCCAGUUAGCUUAACUCUGUGUUCCCCAACCUGGUCCUUGAGGAGCCCCCAGACAGUCCAUGUUUUCACUCCCUCCCAGUUCCUAUCUGGGGGUCCUUAAGGACUGGGUUGGGAGUCAGUGGCCUAACUCGUGUCUUAGGACUUCGGGAGGAAUACCUUGUGACACGGGGAGAACGUGCAACUCCACACAUACAGAGCAGAGGUGAUAUUUGAAGCCCUCGUUUCUGAAGGUGUGAGGCAACAGUGCAACCCGCUGAGCCACCCUCUCUUUAAAGUUAGUACAUUCUCAACAAAAGCUUUUCAUUUGUGAAGAACAACUCAGAUUAAUACAACAUGCUAUUGUCUUCAAUGUCAUUAUAUUGGAGGCAUAUUUGAUACAGUGCUCACAGAAAGUCUUGGGACACUUGCUUAAUUCUGUAAAAAUGUAGCAAAUUGGUUUCAUAAGUCCAUUGACAAGCAAUGUUUAAUAUAUCUGCACAUAUCUUUCCAACAGACAUAUUCUUAAGUGUCUUAAUUUCUUGACCGAAUCAUUCAGUUCUGUUCUUGCCGUUUUGCUAUUAACUGCAACUGUAGUCAUUGGCUCCCAAAUGGCUCACAAAGCAACGCUGAACAGUAAUGUUUGGUGGUGUAUGUUAUUCUGAAGGUAUCGCUAAUUAAAAAGCACCCAAUGAUGCUUGUCAAUGAACUUUUUAACUCAGAAAGGCUCUUUUAGAACUAAAAUUUGAGUUUCAAUGUAUUACUACUUGAAUGUUUCACUUACAACUACUGGUUUCGAAUGUGAUAUAUAUAUUUUUGUAAAUAAAUGAGUAACGUAAUGAUUUUUGUUACAAAACCAAUAAAUUUGCUAUAUUUUUACUGAACUGAGCAGGUGUCCAAAGACUUACUGUGAGCACUGCAUGUUUGUAAGUUGUGCUUUGUAUGGUCUGUAUGAAGUCAGUGGUAUUCGGAGCAGCUUGUAAUUCUGAUGAGUUUUUUCCUACUUGUUAUAAUCUGAUAAAUUUUGAAUAAACAUAAUUGUAAUCAUC